AUGACGGACAAGCCCUCCGUCCUCAUCAUCGGUGGCCUCGGCUACAUUGGCCGCUUCCUCGCUCGCUACAUCCACGACAACGAGCUGGCCUCGGAGAUCCGCCUUGUCGACAAAGUUCUCCCGCAGCUGGCAUGGCUGGCCCCCGAGUUUAAAGAGGCGUGCUCCGGCUCCAAUUUCAUGCAGGCCGAUGCAAGCAGAGAGCAAUCACUGGCACGGAUAUUCGACCGUGCCGACGGCUCGCAGUGGGACUACGUCUUUAACUGCGGCGGCGAGACGCGCUAUUCACAGGACGACGAGGUGUACCGCCUGCGGUCAUUAGGGCUGUCGCUCGCUGUCGGCCAAGAGGCCGCCAAGCGGGGCGUCAAGGCGUUUGUCGAGCUCAGCACGGGCAUGGUCUACAAGCCCGAUUCCAAGGCGAGCGAGGAGUCCGACAAGCUCAAGCCGUGGAGCCGCAUUGCCGUUUUCAAGCUGCAGGCCGAGGAGCAGCUGGCCAAGAUUGAGGGACUCAACCUUGUCAUCAUCCGCCUCGCACACGUGUACGGCCCGUACGCCUCGCAGUGGGUCGCCACCGCACUGAGCAUGGCCCGCGUCUACAAGGACCUCGACGAGGAGAUGAAGUGGCUGUGGACCAAGGACCUGCGCACCAACACCGUCCACAUUGACGACGUCACCCGCGCGCUCUGGGAGACCACGCACUGGUACGCCAAGCGCGGCGGCCGCGAGGAGUGGGAUGCCAAGGCCAUGGGCACCGCCGUGCCCGUGUUCAACGUUGUCGACAAGGGCGCCACCACGCAGGGCACCAUGGCUGGCAUCAUUGCCGAGACGUUUGGCAUCAAGACCGGCUUCCAGGGCCAGCUCAUUAGCACCUUUGCGCGCCUGAACAUGGACAGUGUCGUCGAGGACGUCAACGACGAGCUGCUGGGGCCGUGGGCCAACCUGCUGGCGGCAGCCGGAAUCACGCGCCCUGGCCCGCUCACGCCAUUCAUGGAGAAGGAGCUACUCAAGGACACAGACCUCAGCAUGAACGGCAGCCGGCUGGAGCGUGUUGUCGGCUUCCAGUACAACAAACCCGAAAUCACGGCGGAGCUGGUGGCCGAGGUGAUUGAGAGCUACAAGAAGAUGAACUGGUGGCCAUAG